AAUAAACGACAUCUAUUUGAUCAUCCAUCAAUGAGUGGUUAAAACUUCAAACUCCAAACCGAUUGAAACAGUCGGUGAAAGAAAAUUGCAAGGCAAAAACAAACCAGAGCAACAUAAAGCUUUAGCAAUGGAGGCGAGACUCUCUGCAUCUUUGGGUCUCCCUUCUUCUGACUUAAAUCAUCCGCCAGUCAACACCGACUUCGGUUACCUUUACAGCCAUUUCAUCACUCUCACUUCAUCCCCGAAAAAUACUCAAAAACCCCUCAAACCUCACCUACAUCACCUCUCCUUUGCCUCUGCCUCCAUUUCUGGAGGUCCUCAACCUGGAAAACCCACCAAGUUUCGUAUUCCGCUCCCUUUUUCCAAUUUAACUGAAUCCCAGCAACCCAAAUCGCCUAAAUUCCCCAAAUGGCUAGAACCCAGAUCGAGAAACAGCUCCAAAGCCCAAAUCCUUAUGAAAAACUUAUCUGUCUUCGAAAGAGCUCUAAUCGGUGCAGGUGGUGGUGGAAUUGCCGGUGCAUUUACUUACGUAUGCCUUCUCCCACUCGAUACCAUCAAAACCAAAAUGCAGACAAAGGGUGCUUCCGAGAUUUAUGCUAACACCUUUGAUGCAGUAGUCAAAACUUUCCAGACGAAUGGUAUUCUGGGAUUUUACCGAGGAGUUUCAGCUGUUAUUGUAGGUUCGACGGCUUCUUCAGCUGUUUAUUUUGGGACAUGUGAAUUUGGUAAGUCUUUUUUGUCCAAAUUGGAGUAUCCGGCUUUGCUUAUUCCUCCAACUGCUGGUGCUAUGGGAAAUAUUGUUUCGUCAGCUAUAAUGGUACCGAAAGAGUUGAUUACUCAAAGAAUGCAAGCUGGUGCUAAAGGAAGGUCAUGGGAAGUCUUGUUGAGAAUUUUAGAAAAAGAUGGGAUUUUGGGUCUUUAUGCUGGUUACUCAGCUACUUUGUUGAGGAAUUUGCCUGCUGGGGUGUUAAGUUAUUCCUCUUUUGAGUAUUUAAAAGCUGCGGUUUUGAGAAAGACAAAACAGACUAAUUUGGAGCCAAUUCAGAGUGUUUGUUGCGGUGCUUUGGCUGGUGCAAUUUCAGCUUCUUUGACUACUCCUCUCGAUGUGGUGAAAACAAGGUUGAUGACUCAGGUUCAUGGGAAUAAAGUUGCUGCUGCUAUGUAUGGUGGGGUUAAUGCGACAGUGAAGCAGAUUUUGAAGGAGGAAGGUUGGAUUGGUUUGACUAGUGGACUGGGGCCUAGAGUUGUUCAUAGUGCUUGUUUUUCAGCUUUGGGCUAUUUUGCAUUUGAGACUGCCAGGCUUGCAAUUUUGCAUCAGUGUUUGAAGCAUAAGGAGAAGGAGUUGUCCAAAAUCAGUUGCACCGGCUUGAGUUACAAUUAGUUGGUGAUAAUGCUAAUUUUUAUCACUGUUUUGUUAAAUUUGUUAUGUUACCAUGUAGUGUAGUUCAAAGAAACUGAUUUUUGGCAUUACAUUAUCGUACAUUUCUUAGUUAAAGUUUCUGUUUUUUCUACUAAUAUAUAUCAAUGGAAAAUAAGUUUGAUUAAUGCACCAA